UACAGAACGGGAAAAGUGAAACGGCUUUUUCCCGCAUAGUAAAUAUCACUAUGUACAGUACUUAAUUGUGUCUGCAUAUCCCUCAAGCACUGCUGUGUUCGUUCAGUGCCGAGCCUCUGGCCGGCUCUGAUCGCGCUGGGCCCGGCAGGCCAGGGCGCGCGCGCACGAUCAUCGGAAUAUGGCGGCGCCCAUGAAAUAGGUUACUCUGUAAACAAACAACAAAGUUAGCAAUGGUUGGCGAACCAUCGGGAUUUUACACACAACUAAGAAGGAGACAUUGAGAAAAAUACUACUAAUCGGAAGAGACGCAGGUUCCAAGUUUCUGUGUCAGAACUAAUUGAUCUGUCAUCUCUCCUGAAUGUUCAACUUCGUCUGUCGACGGAACCUGAGCAGUAAAUUAAAGACAGAGGCAGCUGCCAAGGGAUGGAGAGGAAAGCUGCGAGGGGUGGCAGUUGUGGCAACUGUUGGAAUAGGGGGAGGGAUCAUUUUAUAUCGUGAGUGGCUCCGACUAGACCGAGCGCUCAACUACAAAAUGGAUCCAUCAAUUCCAGACCAGCGGCAUACCUACAUCUACAUCACUCCAACUCCCCCUGCAGAUGACUUGGUUGCUCAAAUGAGGAGUAAAGUGAAAUGGAGACUUUCAAUCCUGGAGCACUUUCUUGAAGACAAACACCCCGAUGUCCUUUCCAAGUUGCCCCUGGACCGGACAAAUGAUGACCCCUGGCGUUUACUCAAGAGGGCCCAGUUUGAUAACCCCCAACGCAGACGGACAGCAGUGGCCAAAUUGGCCAAGAAACAUCACUGGAUCGAUGCCGAGUAUAGAGCCAUUGCACAGGCAUGUGAUCAGAGGACUCUGAUUGGUCUAGCCAGGUCAGCUGAUGUGGAUGCCAGGUUCUUUCUGGCCCCGCCCUCUCUGGAGGACUCCAAGGAAAGCAGAGAGGAAGGAUUUAAGAGGCUCUUAGGAGCUCUACCAAGGGACAGAAUUGACAGAUGCACUGAGUUCUUCACUCUGAGAGCCAUGGCAGAGGGCAAAACAGUCCAGGCCCACGAUCAGAGCGGGAUGCUGUCUUUUGGCGGGAACACCCUGACCUUUGUCACCGGUCUGAGCAAGAUCCCCGAGGAGGCCAGGGAGGCAGUCAAUCUGCAGGCCCUGGUCAGUCACUCCGAGGUCCCAAGCCACUGUGAGGAGAUAGUGAAGCUGGGAGGCCUGCAGCUGCUGAUGAAGCUGUGCAUGUCCAAGGCAGCAGUGGGCAGCCUCAAGGUGCAGUGCUACAUCGCUCGCAUCCUGGCCAACAUGGCGCUCAAUGAGCACCUGCACAUCAAGAUUGUUCAGGCAGGCUGGGUCACCGUUCUUGCCUCGUGGAUGAAGUCCAAUUAUAUCCCCCUUGCGGCUCACGCUGCCAGGGCUCUGAUCAAUCUUGACCGUGAUGGUGCGACAGAGAAGCUAGAUGACGGUAUUUUCCUCCUGCAUCCCCAAACCAGAACGAGGCAAGUGCUGGAGGCCGAUGUGGUCUUUGUGCACGGGCUCCUGGGAGGAGCUUUCAAGACGUGGCGGCAGCAGGACAAGGCCAACAAGGAAACCAAAGAGCCCCAGCGUGAAGAGGCAAAGGAAGAUGAGAUGAGCCCGGCCGAUGAGAAAUGGACAGACUGCUGGCCAAAGACCUGGUUGGCCAAGGACUGCCCCCACAUGCGCGUACUGACCAUCUCUUAUGACACCCACAUGUCAGAGUGGUCCGCCAAGUGCCCCUUUGAGAGUGAAAAACGCUCACUUGCCAAUCGUUCGACAGAGAUACUGAAUAAAUUACAUCGCGCAGGUGUGGGCCAAAGACCAAUCAUUUGGGUGUCGCACUCCAUGGGAGGACUUCUGGUGAAACAGAUGCUUUUGGAUGCCUGCGAGCGGUCGGAACUUCAGGAGGUUGCCGACCAAACACAUGGUGUGGUGUUCUUCAGCACGCCCCACCAUGGCUCUGCGCUGGCCGCGGCAUCGCAGCAGGCCAAGCUCCUUAUAUACCCAUCAGUGGAAGUCAAGGAACUAAUCCAAGAUUCCCCGUCCCUGAAGAAUCUCCAUGGGCGUUUCCGGGCGUUUGUGCAGUCCAGACGUCUGCCUGUACUCAGCUUUGGUGAAACCAAGCCCAUGAGUAUCGGGCUGGGAGUCAAGACUGUGGUGGUGCCUGUCGAAUCCUCACAUCCUGGAUACGGUGAGUAUCACUCCCUGGACGUCAACCACCUGGAGAUUUGCAAGCCGCCCAGCCAACGCUCCCUGCUCUACCAGCUGACCCUGCGGUUCAUCAACCACGCCGUGCCCCGUUCGCUGCCCCAUGUGUUGUCCGAGAGACUGCGGGAGGAUCUGGAUGGGGAGGACACAGCCGAAGUCUUCUAUCCGUUGGGCAUGAGCUUUGGGGAAUAGCAGGGCAGUGGCCUAGUUCAUUUCCAAGCCCCCAAUUAAGUUUAAAUGUAGCCAUCAGGAAUAGACCAAAGUACCACGACAAAGUUGGCUGAGUUCCUCAUGUAAGAAGGGAAAACAAGUACUUGGGCACACAGGUGACACGGAUAAACACGAAAUAUGCAGAUAUUUGUAAAAGUACUCAACCUCAGUACUCGGACUCAGAGUCUGUUUGCAAAUUCUCAUGACAUUUCUGGUACACCUGUUUACUCGAGUUCAGUCUUGUAAUUGGAAGCAACUUGAAUAGCCUGAACGCUUUCUGUUCUAAAGACCUUCAUCCUGAUGCUGCCAUGUUUGUCUUGUUUCCUGUAGCCCCUUGAGCAAUAAUAAUACAACUUCAAAUUUUGAUGAAAGGGAACAGACUAAUUUUCCUUCCAGCCUCAGGUUGGUCACAUUACUUUGAAUGGAAAACAAGCAAGAUGGUCCAUGAAGUUUAUACCCACUUUACCACUUAUAUUUCAUAUUCUUGUUGAAUUGAAAAAAAGGAGUGAACUCUGGCAAAGAAAGCAAGCAUAUUUUGUUUGACGUAUCUGAUGAUGAGUUGUGUGGGUUCAUGCCUGUAGGUGUCAAUUUAAGAUCCACAUGAUGGGAAAAGGCCACUUUCCUGUCAGAAUGAGAAACUUGUGGAUUUCAUGAGCAGUUGUAUCUAGUUCGUGCUAAGUAGGAGACAUUGUUUGGUGUAUUUUUUGUGCUAAGCAAAAAAAAUCCACUGGCAACUAUAAUCACAGGGUGGGGAGGGGAAGGAGGCACUUGUCGACCCCCCUCUCCCAAUUUAUUUUUGGAAAAGAGGAAGGAGAAACAAACAAAUGGAAAAACGCGAGGGAAAGGGGGUGAAAAUCACCAAUGUGUUUGAAAGUACCUUGGAAUUUACUCCUGCCAUUUACAAUUUGUCAGAUCACUGCAAAGUGUCCCCUCCCCCAAAAAAUAAACAAACUCAUGGUGAUGCCCCUGUUUUGUUGUCAAAAACAUGGUUGUAGUCGAGACAAUUACAAGACCCAAUAAGACCAUCAAAGACCAACACUAGACCCCAAGCCCGAAUUCAAGUCACAAGCCAUUUAAACAAACUGCAACAAAAGCUUCCCUUUGUCAUUGUUCACCCUGUUACUUGUGACGGGUCUUGUGACGGGUCUUACACUUGGUCUUGUCUGUGGUCAGGUGAAAUGUCGUGAUGGUCUUGACUGGUUAACACUGGUCUUGCCAAUAGAUUUGUGUUCGUUGUGCACCAUCAUAUCUCAGAUUUUUAUAUUGACUUUUUACUUUGGUUGAAGUAUGUCCCAUUGCAUGUUUGAGUAAUGGUUGAGCUCUUUAUUUACCUAUUGUCAUUUCCUUUCACUGCAGCUGGUGAUAAACAUUUAACCACUUGCUGCCGGGGACUCCAGUUUUGCGCACCGUGUGUUUAUACGCGUGGCCGGGGUCUCCGAAAUCGGACAAAGGGAACUGGGCCUUGUGACAAACCACCCAGCAGCAAGUGGUUAAAGUAGCUUGUCUUUUAAGGCCUUAAACAUUAAAGAAACUUUUAGUACACUUGUAUGCUUGCCAGUAGGAAGGCUGGAGACUGGUUUGCGAAGAGGUUUUAUGUAUUCAGUAUGAAACUGUUUUCAGUUGUCAUUAAUCUAAUCUAAAUUAUUUAAUUUGUAAUAUACAGAGAGAUGAAAGAAGAAAAUUGUCAUGUGCAUAAAUCACGUGUAUGGUAGGAUGUAACAGGCUGAACAAGCAGGGGAGAGGCUUUCAUAAGGAUGGUCCAAUUCGUUUACUCUAACCUCCUCAACCCACAAUUCUGUAGGCAGUUUUGGAGGAUUUGGGAGGAUUUAAGCUUAAUCACCAAGAGAGUGGCUGAUCGUGAAGGGUAUGUUGUGUUAAGGUCCUGGGCUAGACCUUGUGCUGUGUAUGCCGAGCCACGCAUUAAUUCAGACCUAGACUACAUGCGACAUCAUCCACGCUGCUCAAGGAUACCACUUGCACAAUAACAUGACAGGAAUUGCAGGAAGACUUUGAAGGAUCAAGGCAGUGGUCACCCCUCCAAGAAAACGUUCAGGAAAAUGACAGGAUUUUGGAGGAUUGAGACUGUAUCUAAAUUUUCCAUGGAUGCAAUGGGAGGAUUUUGAAGGACUGAGGAUGGAUGCAUCCAAGCCAAAAUUGUCUUUGGCAAUAGGUUUAAACGUAUUCAGUUCCGGAAAAGGAGCACUCCUCUGUAUUGUUUAUUAGAAUGUUGAGCACAAGGCUGUUCAAUGUGUUCACGGAAUAAAGACAGCCACCACAUUUUAACACCAAAUUUUCAGUCAUCGCCGUUGAUGUUAUAGUUGUUAAUGUUCCUAAGUUUAUUUUUCUUUCCUAGUGGAAAUACAAUUCACAGAUGCAUGUACACUUUGGUGCUCUAUCAAAUAUAAAUAAAAGUUGAUAUUUAUUUUGUAAAAAUGAACACAAUUCUGAAUUCUGAUGCAUGAUCCAAAUUAAAACAAACCAAAGUUUUAACAAA